CCUUCGCAAAUUGGCUUCGGAGAGCUUUGAGGAGGGGAUAAAGCUUGGUAUUAUAGCAGCAACUUUGUAAAAUUCAAACAUUGUACUCUCGUCGUUUGGUUUUUCUAUUUCGUUAUGGGCUUCGCAAAACCAUGUUAUUUUUGUGUGGUAUUGGUGUUUUUUCUAAACGGCUUUAAUGCCGAUCAAUUUGAUGACAGUGUUGUCAUUGAAGCCAAGCCCUCGAGAGCAGCAAAAAGAGCGGCAAAACAGUUUUUAGUACCUGGACCUGGUUUUCAAAAUAAUCCAUCCUUUGUUUCUUCUAUUAACGGAGAUUGGGACAGGCUUCAACAACAAAUCGCAACCACUGGCGCAUGUUUCACCAGCAAAGGAUCCUUGGGGAGGUGUACAUCCUUCAGGCAAUGUUAUCCUUACUUCAAACUUCCCGAGUUGAACAACUGGGACACCUGGAUACUUGGGAUGUACGACACAUGCAGUUAUUACACCCUUCAAGGACGUCAAAUGUUCGGUGUUUGCUGUACCAACCCGGUAACGUCUGAGGAAAUGCCAACUUCUACCUUCCCAUCGCCUACACAACCAACAAAUCCACCGCCAGGGGAGAAUAUCAAGUAUCCUCUUCAACAGGUGGAGAUAUCUUAUUGGCCUCCCACUCAUGCUCCAUUACCUACCCAUGGACCUAACAACACUAUACCUCCUUUACCUACACAUGCUCCAUCAACUCAGUAUACAACACUUCCAACCCUUUCAACAUCUUUUCGACCCACGUGGACUACCAAGCCUUGGACUGUGAAGCCGAGUCAAAAACCCAAACCUCCAGUGGUUAGACCAACUCCUAGUCCAACGAAUCCACCUUCUAUUGGAGGUCCAAUAUCCCAAGCAGAAUGUGGGGCGAAGAAUGGUUACCAAGAUCAAGAGAGGAUUGUUGGAGGUCACAACGCUGAUAUCAAUGAGUGGCCUUGGAUAGCAGCCCUCUUCAAUGGAGGAAGGCAAUUUUGUGGGGGUUCUUUGAUCGAUGACAUCCACAUCUUGUCUGCAGCACAUUGCGUGGCCCAUAUGAGCUCUUGGGACGUAGCUAGGCUUACUGUUCGUCUUGGAGAUCACAACAUCAAGACAAAUGUCGAGGUGAAGCAUAUUGAGAGGAAAGUUAAGAGAGUAGUUAGACACAGAGGAUUUGAUGGAAGGACUUUGUAUAACGAUAUCGCCAUAUUGACACUUGACAGUCCGGUGACUUUCACACAUCAAAUUAGGCCAAUUUGUCUACCAACUUCUGGAAGUGAUUAUGCUGGGACUACAGCUACUGUGAUCGGAUGGGGUAGUUUGAGGGAAAGUGGACCUCAACCUUCUGUCCUUCAAGAAGUCAAUAUUCCCAUUUGGAGGAAUAAUGAUUGUAGACUGAAAUAUGGUCACGCAGCACCAGGGGGUAUUGUAGAUCACAUGUUGUGUGCAGGACAAGCAGCGAAAGAUUCGUGUAGUGGAGACAGUGGUGGUCCACUGAUGGUAAAUACAGGACAUAAAUGGACCCAAGUUGGAAUUGUCUCAUGGGGUAUAGGAUGUGGGAAAGGUCAAUAUCCUGGGGUCUAUACAAGAGUAGAAAAGUUCCUACCAUGGAUAAAUAAAAACUUGAAAUGAUGGCUUUUGCUCCACACCAACCGUACUUACGAAAUGAAGAAAAAAACGAAUAAUACCGAUGCGAAUGAAAAAAUUGCCAUAUUUUCCAACUUAAAGGAUAAAAACAUGAUUUUUCGUCAGGUGUAUUUAUUAAAAGACAAUUAAAUUAUUGAAAGCGAAAA